AUGCAUUGCUCAUCGCAUUUUGUCAAAGCUGCAUUACUCGUUUUUUGCAUCGUACCAUCACUCGCAUCACAAUGCACACCCUCAACCCCUGAAAAGCCCCGCGUAUUCCUCUUGAGUGACAUCGCCAAUGAGCCCGACGAUGCGCAAUCGCUCGUACGCCUUCUUGUCUACGCCAAUGAACUCCAGAUUGAAGGUCUUGUGGCGACGACGAGUGUCUGGCUAAAUGACACCACCCGCCCAGACCAGAUGCACGAUAUCGUCGACGCAUACGGCGAGGCACUUCCAAACCUAAAGAACCAUGCUCCCGGCUGGCCUGAAGCAUCCUAUCUCAAGGAUCUAAUUGCCUCCGGCUUGCCAGUCUACGGCAUGGACGGCGUCGGCGACGGAAAGGACAGCGAGGGCUCUGAUAGGCUAGUGAAGGCAGUCGAUGGCUCGACAGAGCCGCUGUGGGUCCCGGUAUGGGGAGGGGCGUCCGUUCUGGCGCAGGCGUUGUGGCACGUCAACGCGACGAGAUCGCCAUCCCAGAUCGAAACCUUCGUCGCCAAGCUCCGCAUCUAUACAAUUUCCGACCAGGACAACGCCGGCUCGUGGGUCCGUCGAAACUGGCCGCAACUCUUUUACAUUGCCAGUGUCCACCACUUCAACCGAUAUGCCGUUGCCGCGUGGGGUGGUAUCUCGGGCGAGGAGUAUUACAACUUUCCGAGCUUCUCGAACCAGGAAGUUAUAUCACCAGAUUGGAUCAAGCAGAACAUCCGGAGCGUCGGACCGCUGGGGGCGAAGUAUCCUGACACCGAUUUCAUCGUUGAGGGCGAUACACCUUCGCUUCUCUACCUGAUCCCCAACGGGCUCUCCGACCCCGAAUAUCCGGAAUGGGGUUCUUGGGGCGGCCGAUAUGGUCCCGUCACCUACGGCGAGGGUCAUUACGCGGAUACGGUGGACGUCCUGAAAGGGGCUUCAGGAAGGACGAUCAUGAGUUCACAGGCUACUGUGUGGAGAUGGCGCGAGGCGUUUCAGAACGACUUUGCUGCCCGUAUCAAGUGGUCUGCCAGUCCCGAAUUCGGUGAUGCUCAGCAUGCCCCAGUCGUUGUGUUGAAUGGAGACACUUCUCGCAAGGUUGUGAAGAUGGUCGUUAAUGAAGAGGACGUCAUCGGACUCGAUGCGCGAGAGUCUUGCGACCCGGAUGGAGGGGAGUUGACGUACAAAUGGUGGCAGUACUUGGAGCCAUCAUCAAACAACAACAAUCCGGGGAGAGAUGUCGGCAGGCUUGAACUGAGUGACACUAACGCUCCCAUUAUCACAGUCACCAUGCCUUCAGAGGAACUUCUUCGCACUCCAGGCAGAAAUCGUCACCCGAAUGAGGACAAGCACAUGCAUCUCAUUCUUCAGGUCUCUGACGGCACACUGGUUUCCUAUCGCCGGGUUAUUUUCACCAUACUCGGACCUAAGACAGGGGAUGAAAAGUCUUCGACCGGAAAGGCGGCCGAGCAAGCCGUUCAUGAUGAGCUGUGA